AUGAUUAUUAGAAAUUUAUUAACAACAGAUGAUAAUAACAGUUUUAAUAAUAGUACUACAAUCGAUGACUUUAUUAAUUUUUCUAAUACUCUUCAAAAUGACAAUGAUAGUUUACCAUGGAUUUAUGAGUUAGAACAAGAGGAUGCAAACUGGAUAAUGACGUCAUCAUUUAUGAUAUUUUCUAUGCAAACUGGUUUUGGAUUAUUAGAAUCAGGAGCUGUUUCUAUUAAGAAUGAAGUUAAUAUUAUGAUGAAAAAUGUUGCAGAUAUUGUUCUUGGAGGUUUAACAUAUUGGAUGUUUGGUUAUGGAUUUUCGUUUGGGCGUAGUUCAUGGUCAAAUCCAUUCAUAUGUUUUGGUGAUUUUUUUAUUGAUCCAGUUGUGGACGAUCAAUUAAUGGGAAAUAUUUUUGCUGCUUUUUUAUUUCAAUUAUCAUUUGCAACUACUGCAACGACGAUUGUUAGUGGCGCAAUGGCUGAGAGAUGUAAUUUUAAAGCAUACUGCUUGUUCAGUCUAUUGAAUACGGUAGUAUAUUGUGUACCAGCAAGAUGGGUUUGGGGCGAAGGUGGAUUUUUAAGAGAUUUAGGUGCUGUUGAUAUAGCUGGAUCUGGUCCUGUUCACUUAGUAGGUGGCUCUUCAGCAGUAGCUUCAGCUUGGAUGCUUGGACCAAGAUUAGGGCGUUACAUGAACGGAAUAGAUCCAUUACCAUUGGGAUCUCCAGUAAAUGCAGUCAUGGGUUUAUUUGUACUUUGGUGGGGCUGGUUAGCAUUUAAUUCUGGCAGUACUUAUGGAGUAAGUGGUAAAAAAUGGCAUUAUGCCGCCGGUGCCGCAGUAAUGACCAUGUUGAGCUCUUUUGGUGGUGGUUGCUUUGGAUUGUUUUAUUCGUUACUUAUUUCACGUGGUGAAACUGUCGAUUUAAUGAUUAUUAUAAAUGCUAUUUUGGGUGCGCUGGUCAGUAUUACAGCUGGAUGUUUUCUAUAUAAUGCAUGGGAGUCGAUUUUAAUUGGUGUCAUCGGUGCUGCUUUGGCCUGUUUGACAAUGCCACUCAUUGAUAAGAUUGGAAUAGAUGAUCCAGUUGGAGCUACAUCUGUACAUGGAAUUUGUGGAAUGUGGGGAGUGUUAGCCGUAGGAUUGUUUGCUGGUAAUCCUAUACCAUUGGACACAACCAAUGGAAGAGAGGGAGUUUUUCGUGGUGGAGGAUUUUAUUUAUUAGGGAUUCAAGCAUUGACUAUCGUAUGCCUUGCUUCCUGGAGUGUAGGGGUGUCAAUUCUAUUACUUUGGUUUGUGAAUAAAAUUAUUCCUAUUCGUAUGAAUCCAUACGAGGAACUGGUGGGUGCAGAUUUAUCCGAACAUAAAAUACGUCAUGGUCAGGUCGGUGUUUCAAGAGCUCUUUCAACAUUAGGUCCUGUCUUCGAAAAUAAUGAUUUAAGAAAUAUCACUCAAAUUGGUUACAAUCCUGGUCAUGAUUCUUAUUUAAAAGAUCUACAUUUUGUGAAUCCAGCAAAAUUUGAUCCCAAAAAGAAAUUAAAUAAAAAUCAAAAACCUGGUUUACAAAUAUUCCACACUCAUGAUGGCCAAGUUAUUAAUAAACCACCUUGUAAUAAGACAAAUUUUGAUCAAGGAACUGGACAUGUAAAUAUGCAACGACAACAGCUACCACAAGUACACCAACAAAAUGGGGAAAAUAAACCUCCAAAAUUUGCAUGGCUAGAUUAGUAUAUUUUAGUAAAAUUGGAUUGAGUCUCAUUGUUAUACUAUUAGUAGGUACUUACUAGUUGUUUUAAGAUUUGUAUUGGCCACGGGCAAUCAUUAGUGAUUUAUGACAG